AUGUCGCAGCCCGAAGCAGUGUGAGUCCUGCCUUCCCCUCAUUGCCCCUCCAUCUCAACAAAGGCCGCCAUCGCCCAUACGAAAAAAUUUGGGACCCACAACUCUCCGAGAGGAAUCAUCGCGGAUGCAGAGAAGAACAAGAGCUGGACAGUCAAUACCACGCGGACAUCGCAUACCGAGCUACAUACCACGCCGCCAACCUCUCAAGCCAUUGCCGCCGCCGCUGUUGCUAAUGCCAUGCCCGACUGUUCAGCCGUGUUUUUGUGCUUUUUUUGGGGAGCGGAUUCACUGAUAAUGUUUCUUUCACAGUGGAGACUUCGGUCUCAUCGGUCUGGCCGUCAUGGGUCAGAACCUCAUCCUCAACGCCGCCGACCACGGCUUCACCGUCGUCGCCUUCAACCGCACCGUCGCCAAGGUCGACCGCUUCCUCGACAACGAGGCCAAGGGCAAGAGCAUUGUUGGAGCACACAGCAUCCGCGAAUUCGUCCAGAAGCUGAAGAAGCCACGCCGCAUGAUGCUGCUCGUCAUGGCCGGCAAGCCAGUCGACGACUUCAUCGAGACCCUCCUCAGUGAGGGCGGCGUCGAGGCCGGCGACAUCAUCAUCGACGGCGGUAACUCCCACUUCCCAGACACCAACCGCCGCACCAAGUACCUCGCCGACAAGGGCAUCCGCUUCGUCGGUAGCGGUGUUUCCGGUGGUGAGGAGGGUGCCCGCUACGGUCCAUCCAUCAUGCCCGGUGGUAACGAGGAGGCGUGGCCAUACAUCAAGGACGUCCUCCAGAGCAUCUCCGCCAAGUCCGACAACGAGCCCUGCUGCCAAUGGGUCGGUGACGAGGGUGCCGGUCACUACGUCAAGAUGGUGCACAACGGUAUUGAGUACGGUGACAUGCAGCUGAUCUGUGAGGUAAGCUUGCAACGAUACCUACCAAAGAGGAGCAUAUUCUGACCACUGUAGGCCUACGACAUCAUGAAGCGCGGUCUCGGCCUGUCCGCAAAGGAGAUGGGCCAGGUCUUCGCCGAGUGGAACAAGGGCGUGCUCGAUUCCUUCCUCAUCGAGAUCACCCGCGACAUCCUCCUCUACGAGGACCCAGAUGACAGCAAGACCCCAUUGGUCGAGAAGAUCCUCGACGCUGCGGGCCAGAAGGGUACCGGAAAGUGGACCGCCAUCAACGCUCUCGACAUGGGCCAGCCUGUGACUCUCAUCGGAGAGGCUGUCUUCGCCCGCUGCUUGUCUUCGCUGAAGGGUGAGCGCACCCGUGCCAGCGAGAAGCUGCAGGGCCCAACACCACAGUUCACCGGCGAGAAGGCCGAGUUCCUCAAGAACCUCGAGCAAGCUCUCUACGCCUCCAAGAUCAUCUCGUACGCCCAGGGCUUCAUGCUCAUGCAGGCCGUAAGUUCCAAAGAGCUGUCUUGGUGAAUCAAGCAUUUGACUGACACAAUUCCUCUCGCAACAGGCUGCCAAGGAGUACGGCUGGAAGCUGCACAAGCCCGAGAUCGCGCUCAUGUGGCGUGGUGGCUGCAUCAUCCGCUCCGUGUUCUUGAAGGACAUCACCAAGGCCUACCGCGCCAACCCCGACCUCGAGAACCUCCUCUUCGACGACUUCUUCAACAAGGCCAUCCACAACGCUCAGAGCGGCUGGCGUGACAUUGUCUCCAAGGGCGCCCUCUGGGGUAUCCCCACGCCUGCCUUCUCGACUGCGCUCUCCUUCUACGAUGGUUUCCGGACAAAAGACCUUCCCGCCAACCUCCUCCAGGCUCAGCGUGACUACUUCGGUGCCCACACCUUCCGCAUCAAGCCAGAGUACGCCAACGAGAAGUACCAGGAGGGCAAGGACAUCCACGUCAACUGGACCGGUCGUGGAGGCAACGUCUCUGCUUCCACCUACAACGCUUAA